UGGGAGGGGGGUGAACUGGAGCCCGGGACGGGCCUGGGCUGGGCCGGGACAGGCCGCUGCCGCCGUCUUCUCCUCUGAACUAGGAUGUCCCGACAUGAAGGUGUCAGCUGCGAUGCAUGUUUAAAAGGAAAUUUCCGAGGUCGCAGAUACAAGUGUUUAAUUUGCUACGAUUACGAUCUGUGUGCAUCUUGUUAUGAAAGUGGUGCAACGACGACAAGGCAUACAACUGACCAUCCAAUGCAGUGCAUACUAACAAGGGUAGAUUUUGAUUUAUACUAUGGUGGAGAAGCUUUCUCUGUAGAGCAGCCACAGUCUUUUACUUGUCCAUAUUGUGGAAAAAUGGGUUAUACGGAAACAUCUCUUCAAGAGCACGUUACUUCAGAACACGCAGAAACAUCAACAGAAGUGAUUUGUCCAAUAUGUGCAGCAUUACCUGGAGGAGAUCCCAAUCACGUAACGGAUGACUUUGCAGCUCAUCUUACACUGGAACACAGAGCUCCUAGAGAUUUAGAUGAAUCCAGCGGUGUUCGGCAUGUACGUAGAAUGUUUCACCCAGGUCGAGGAUUGGGUGGCCCCCGCGCACGUAGAUCAAACAUGCACUUUACUAGCAGUUCCACUGGUGGAUUUUCAUCAUCACAGAGUUCAUAUUCUCCAAGCAAUAGAGAAGCCAUGGAUCCUAUAGCUGAGCUUUUAUCUCAGUUGUCUGGUGUAAGGCGUUCUGCAGGGGGACAGCUCAAUUCCUCUGGCCCUUCGGCGUCUCAGUUACAGCAGCUGCAGAUGCAGCUGCAGUUAGAAAGACAACAUGCACAGGCAGCAAGGCAACAACUGGAGACUGCACGCAAUGCAACGAGGCGUACGAAUACUAGCAGUGUCACCACCACUGUUACACAAUCUACAGCAACAACCAACACAUCUAACGCAGAAAGUAAUCAGCAGGCUAUCCAGAACUCUCAAUUUCUCCUUACCAGGUUGAAUGAUCCCAAGAUGUCUGAAGUCGAGCGUCAGUCAAUGGAGAGUGAGCGGGCUGACCGCAGCCUGUUUGUUCAAGAGCUCCUAUUAUCCACUUUGAUGCGGGAAGAAAGCUCAUCCUCUGACGAGGAUGAACGUGGGGAGGUUGCCGAUUUUGGUGCUAUGGGCUGUGUAGAUAUUAUGCCUUUAGAUGUUGCUUUAGAAAAUCUAAAUUUAAAAGAGAGUAAUAAAGGAAACGAGCCUCCCCCACCUCCUCUUUGAUGACAUCCCCCUUCGCAGACAAUGUCCUCUGUGCUGUAUUUGCCAAUGAAAGUGGACAACAACUAUCUUGGGUUUGUUUUGGUGAUUGUAAUUUCAGGUCUGUCACUCUUGUUACAUUGUGUACAUUCAAAGGAAGAGAGAGAGAAAAAGAUAUAUAUGAUAAUCAUUUCCACUUAAAAUAAUUUUUACUUCUAGCAGGUAAAUGUAGGUUUCGGCACAGAGGGGAGAAUCCUCUGUGCUCUGUACUUUUGACAUGCAAAAGGCUCUCCUAAUACUCCACAUUCAAACUGAAGAGGAAAAAAAAAGAAAUCUCUAAUGAAGCUGCUGUGUGUAUUUAUGAAUAUUAAUGAAUAAAAACUGCUUGGAUGGUUUACCU